CCUCCCCGCUCCUCCUUUUCCUCUCCGCUCCCCUUUUGCUCUCCUCUCCUCAUCUCUGUUUUCCUUCUUUCCCAUUCUCAGACUGCACUUCCGCUAGUUCCACUCCUUCCUCUCCCAUCUCCUUCCUUCCUCUGUGUCCUCUUUUCAAAGGGGUUAUUCCUGACUUGAGUCAGCUGUAGUACCAGUAUAACACCAACCGUAGUGCAUAGGGAUUUCCUCAGUCACAACAAUAGACUACUCUCCGUCUUUCACUCUGUGAUGUCAAUCCUUAGAAUAGAAUGUUCCAGAUCACAGUAGCAGAUAACUGAAGCGUAUUACCACACCGGUGUUUAUCUGAAGCGUGACAGUCGGCCCCACUCUCAUGACUCACUGUCAUGUACUAUGACCAGCUGUGUGCUGUGGAGCCCAAGUUCCCCUUCUCUGAAAACCAGCUGUGUCUAACCUUCACAUGGAAAGAUGCCUUUGAUAAAGGCUCACUGUUCGGGGGCUCAGUCAAACUAGCCCUCGCCAGUCUGGGAUAUGAGAAGACGUGUGUGUUGUUCAACGGAGCAGCGUUGGCGAGUCAAAUCGCUUCAGAACAGAACCUGGACAGCGACGAAGGACUGAAGGCCGCAGCCAAAUACUACCAGUUGGCGAGUGGAGCAUUUGGUCACAUUAAGGACACCGUGCUGUCAGCUCUGAACAGAGAACCUACUAUGGACGUCUCUCCUGAGACUGUAGGAACCCUCAGUCUCAUCAUGCUGGCUCAGGCACAGGAGGUCUUCUUCCUCAAGGCUACGUCGGAUAAGAUGAAGGACGCCAUCAUCGCUAAACUGGCGAAUCAGACGGCAGAUUUCUACGGUGACGCCUUCAAGCAGUGCCAGUACAAAGAGAACCUGCCCAAGUAUUUUUAUUUCCAGGAGGUGCUGCCGGUGCUGGCAGCUAAACACUGCAUCAUGCAGGCCAACGCUGAGCUGCACCAGUCUCUCCUCGCCAAGCAGAAGAAACACUUUGGAGAGGAGAUCGCUCGCCUACAGCACGCUACAGAGCUGGUGAAGACUGUCGCGUCUCGCUAUGAUGAGUACGUCAGUGUGAAGGACUUGAGUGAUAAGAUCAGCCGUGCUCUGACCGCCGCCAAGAAGGACAACGACUUCAUCUACCACGACCGCGUCCCCGAGGUCAAAGAUCUGGAGCACAUCGGCAAGGCAGCGCUGGUCAAGGCUACCGCCAUCACACCUCCGCUCAGCGCCAAGUUCACUGACUUGUUUGAGAAGAUGGUGCCCAUGGCUGUGCAGCUGAGUAUGAGUGUGUCCAGCCAGAGGAAGGCUGAGACCGUCAACAGACUGGUGGGAACCAUGAGAGAAGCUACCAACCUCUGCAACGGUGUCCUGGCGUCUCUGAACCUGCCUGCGGCUCUGGAGGACUUGUCUGGAGAUUCUAUCCCACAAUCCAUUGUUGAGAAGGCCCGUGCCAUCGUCCAGCAGGGGGGGCUGCAGAGCAUAGAGCAACUGAUCAGAGAUCUGCCUGAACUACUUACACGAAACAGAGAGAUACUGGACGAGUCUCUGAAGAUGCUGGGUGAUGAAGAGUCAACAGACAGCGAGCUGAGAUCCAAGUUCAGCCAACGCUGGAACAGAACUCCCUCUGGAGACCUCUACAAACCACUCAGAGCAGAGGGGGGUAACUUCCGCAGUGUGCUGGACAAGGCAGUGCAGGCGGACCAGGUGGUCAAGGAGCGUUAUAAUACACACUGUGAGAUGAUCGCUCUGCUCUGUAAACCUGAGGCUGAACUCACUGCUGCCAUACCAUCAGCCAAUCCUGUGAAGACACUGCAGGGCAGCGAGGUGGUGAGUGUGUUGCGUUCCCAGCUGGCCCAGCUAGAAGAAGUGAAGAAGGAGAGGGAGAGGUUGGAGGCGGAUAUUAAGGGAGUGACCUUUGACAUGUCCUCCAGCUUCCUGACGGCUCUGGCUCAGGACGGGGCCAUCAAUGAGGAGGCACUGUCAAUGAGCCAGCUGGACCAAUCAUACGGCAGCUACAGCCAGAGGGUUCAGGCCAGCCUCCGCUCUCAGGAAGAGCUGCUAGGCAAAGUGCAGACGUCCCACCAGGAGUUCUCCAAGCUGAAGCAGUCCAACUCGGAGGCUAAUGAUCGUGAGGAGGUGUUGAAGAAGCUGGCCUCAGCCCACGACAGCUACGUAGAGAUCACCAGCAACCUCAGAGAGGGCACCAAGUUCUACAACGACCUCACAGAGAUCCUGCUGAAGUUCCAGAACAAGUGCAGUGACAUCGUCUUCGCCCGCAAGACAGAACGGGACGAACUGCUCAAGGACUUGCAGCAGAGCAUCGCCAGGGAGCCCAGCGCCCCGUCCUUUAAUGUCCCCGCCUACCAGACUAACCCUGCGCCCACUGCCGCCGACCCAACCCCUGCUCCCAGGACUGUCUUUCAGCCACAGCAGCCCCAGGUGAAGGCCCAGCCGCCCCAGCGGCCCCCUCCCCCUGCCUUCACCCCCCAGGCCGCCUCCGCACCCGGCAACCCUCCAGACAACCAGCCUCAACCAGGAAACCCCCCACCCAUGGCCCCUCCCUCACAGGCACAGGGCCCGCCUUACCCCACCUACCAGGGAUACCCAGGGUAUGCAUACCAGAUGCCUAUGGGAUAUAACCCGUAUGCAGCGUACGGCCAGUACAACAUGCCCCCCGCUAUGCAGCCCAACAUGCAGCCCUACGUCCCCUAUCAGCAGCCCCCAGCACCCGGACAGGGGGGCUUUCCCGGCCCCCCCCCCACACAGCAGCACCCCUACACCUACCAACAGCAGCCCCAGCAACCACCACAUCAACCAUAUUACCCACAACAAUAACUACUGUGUAAACUCUUAUCAUUCCCUCUUCCCCCUUCUCAUCCCUUCUACCCCUCCCCUCUGCUAUCCGUCCUCCAACUGACAACAGAAACCAUGAUACUACCCUCUGCAAUAAAUUCUCGCUCUCUCCCUCUCGCUUUCCCUCCCUACUCUACCCUUACUCUAUCCCACCACCCAUGUUUAAUUUGUUUUUCAUAUAAUUUUUCUAAUUAUUGCGUUGAUUCUGUAUUUAAUUCCUAACUUCUCGUCCUGGUCUAACUGGCUUCCUGGUCUAACUUCUCGUCCUGGUCUAACUUCUCGUCCUGGUCUAACUUCUCGUCCUGGUCUAACUUCUCGUCCUGGUCUAACUUCUCGUCCUGGUCUAACUGGCUUCCUGGUCUAACUUCUCGUCCUGGUCUAACUGGCUUCCUGGUCUAACUUCUCGUCCUGGUCUAACUGGCUUCCUGGUCUAACUUCUCGUCCUGGUCUAACUGGCUUCCUGGUAUGGGCUGGGCUUCUUUUAGAACACUAAAAAAUAAAACAAAAACACCGGACAUGUGACGUGUUGUUUUACAGGGUCAGUCAUAGUAGUACGACACCCCUGGAGCAAAUGAGGGUUAAGUGCCUUGUUCAAGGACACAUCAACAGAUGUUUCACCGCUAGCUUUCGGUUCCUGGCCCAACGCGCUGAAGAGCCUCACUGCAUUCUGGGAUGAGGGGGCGUAGUCUUAUAGGCAUGAUUCCUUAUUUGGGAGCGGGUGGAUGGUCCCGUACAAUGUCACUGAUUGAGGGACCUGAGGACCGAAGGUCGUGUUCUAGGGAGUGCAAAUGUACGACUUGAACAAAUGUUCCUUGUGUGUUUAUCAAACCGUUUUGCUACUGAAUACGACCCAGCUCUGAUCACCCAGCUAAUUGCCUGGCGCUUCUAUUACAACUAUAUCCUAUUUUUCUAAUGAAUAAUACUAAUGUACUGAUCCAAUGAAAACGGCCUGUAGGUUUUGUCAUUGAGUUGAGGACCGUUGGAGAUGCAUUCUCUCCUACAAUCAGAGUACGGCUGUAGAUGUUUUUCUGGGUUAAAGAUAAUUAGAUACAGAGCCUUCAGAAAGUAUUCACACCCCUUGACUUUUUCCUAAUUUUGUUGUUACAGCCUGAAUAUAAAAUGGAUUAGAUUUAGAUUUGUUUUUGUCACUGGCCCCCUCGAAGUGGAAUCAUGUCUUUUUUUUCUUUUCUUUUCUGAAUUAAAAAUGCAAAUGAAUUAAAAAUUAAAAGUUGAAAUGUAUUGAGUCAGUAUGUAUUCAAACCCAUUAUGUCAAGCUGAAAUAAGUUGCAUGGAAUCACUCUGUGUGCAGUAAAUGUUUUAACAUGAUUGUUGAAUGACUCCCUCAUCUCUGUACCCCAAACAGGUAAAAGUCCCUCAGUCGAGCAGUGAAUUUCAAACACAGAUUCAACCACAAAGACUAAGGAAGUUUUGCAAAGAAAGGCACCUAUUGGUAGAGGGGGGGGAAUAAAAAAAGCAGACAUUGAGCAUGGUGAAGUUAUUAAUUACACUUUGGAUGGUGAAUGAAUGAACCCAGUCACUACAAAGAUACAGGUGUCCUUCGUAACUCAGUUGCUAGAGAGGAAGGAAACUGCUCAGGGAUUUCACCAUGAGGCCAAUGGUGAAUUCAAGUGUUAUGUUUGGGGCAAAUCCAAUACAAAACAUUACUGAGUACCACUAUCCAUAUUUUGAAGCAGAGGGGUGGCUGCAUCAUGUUAUGGGUAUGCAUGUAAUCAUUAAGGAAGUGGUGGUUUUUCAGGAUAAAUAAUUUUACAGAAUGGAUCUAAGCACAGGCAAAAUCCUAUAGGAAAACCUGGUUCAGUUUGCUUUCCACCAGACAAUGGGAGGUGAAUUCACCUUUUCAGCAGGACAAUAACCUAAAACACAAUUACAAAUUUACACUGGAGUUGCUUACCAACAAGACAGUGCAUGUUCAUGAGUGGCCGAAUUACAGUUUUGACAUGAAUCUACAUGAAAACCUAUGGCAAGACCUGAAAAUGGUUGUCUAUCAUUGCUCAAUAACCAAUUUGACAGCGCUUGAAUAAUUUUUAAAUGAAUAAUGGGCAAAUGUUGCACAAUCCAAGUGUGGAAGUGCUUAGACUUACCCAGAAAGACUCACCGCUGUAGUCACUGCCGAAGGCGCUUAUACAAAGUAUUGACUCGGGUGUGAAAUACUUAUGUAAAUGAGAUAUUUCUGUAUUUCAUUUUCAAUAAAAAUAGCAAAAAUGACUAAAAACAUGUUUUCAACUUUGUCAUGAGAGGAAAUAUCCAUGUGAUUCAUUUUGAAUUCAGGCUGUUAAACAAAAAGUGGAAUAAGUCAAGGGCUGUGAAUACUUAGUGAAGGCGCUGUAUAUUAUAUAUAUAUAUAAGAAUGUAUGUGGUUAACCAAACAGACUGUUUCUCUUUCUCACUGUGGUUCUAAUGUGAUUAAACACCUCUGGAUACCAGA